UAAGGCUACUUGUUCCAUGAUUUCAACAGCUCUCUACCACCCAUCCUUUUAUUUUGUUUUAGUUGUUUUAGGCUGAAAACCCAUUUGUGCUACCACAAGCUCAAGAUAGAAAUCUCUCUGUUGACCAUCUUUUCUUAAUACUUUAUUACUAGCAAACCAAGUUUACAGAUCCGUCUGGGAUCUCUUUGUGGGGUUGAGGGUCACAGAAUAGCAGAAUCCCACCUUGGAAAACUGCUUUUUUUGCUCUCUUGAGUGGGGAGCUUCUGUUCUCUUUCAGUGGGCUUCAGUGUUAUGUGUUGGGCGAUGGCCACUGGUCUCCAAAACCAGGAAGGAGUACCAGAAAACCAUCUGAGGAAACAGCUAGCUUUCGCCGUUAGGAGCAUUCAAUGGAGCUAUGCAAUCUUCUGGUCUAUCAAAACUGGAGGGGUGUUGGAAUGGCGAGAUGGGUACUAUAAUGGAGACAUAAAAACCAGGAAAACAAUGCAACCGAUGGAGUUUAUUGCUGACCAAAUGGGUUUGCAAAGGAGUGAGCAGUUAAGAGAACUGUAUGAAUCACUGUCAGCAGGUGACACCAACCCACAAGCUAGGAGGCCUUCAGCAGCAUUAUCUCCUGAAGAUCUCACAGAUGCAGAGUGGUAUUACUUGGUUUGCAUGUCCUUCAAAUUCAACCGUGGACAAGGGUUGCCUGCAAGAGCAUUGGAAAAUGGUCAGCCCAUCUGGCUGUGCAGGGCUCCUGAUGCAGAUGGCAAAGUAUUUGAACGUUCUCUGCUAGCUAAGAGUGCAUCUAUCCAGACUGUGGUAUGCUUUCCAUUUUUAGGCGGUGUGGUCGAGCUGGGUGUGACCGAUCUGGUCUCAGAAGACCCAAGGCUCAUUGAACAAGUUAAAACUUGCUGCUUGGAGUAUCCGAGACCCAAUUGCAUUGAGCAAUCAGCUUCCAGCCCUCAAAAUGAAGACAAUGAGGAAGAUCCUGUAUUUGUCAAGGUUGGCCAUGAGAAAAUUGAUUCCGUGGCUUUGGAUCCAGCAAGCGAAUUUGAGACAAAACAAGAGUGUGAAACCCCUGGAUUAUUACCUCCGUCGUUUAUUCCUCAAGAAGAAAUCAAGUUGCACCACAAUGGGAUUGAGGAGUUACAUGCAAAUAUCUGUGAAGAGUUAGAAGCAGUCUCUCCCCAUGACAGCUCAAAUGGAUGCGGAGCGCAGCAGCACAUUGAAGAUUCCUUCAUGCUGGAAGGCGUUAAUGGUGGAGCUUCACAAGUCCAGAGCUGGCAGUUCUUAGAUGAUGAGUUCAGCAAUUGCAUGCUUGGUUCCAUGAAUUCUAGUGACUGUAUAUCCCAAACACUUGCAAAUCCUCAGAAUGUCGUCUCUUCUCCCAAGGGUGAGAAAAUAAAUAAUAAUCAUCUUCAAGAACUUCAAGAAUGCAAUGACACUAAGCUAAGCUCAUUGGACCUUGGAAAUGAUGACUUGCACUACUCAAGGACUCUUUCUGCCAUUUUUAAGAACUCACACAGUUUGAUUGUAGCACCACACAUUUGCAGCAGCAAUCACAAAUCUAGCUUUACAAAUUGGAGAGAAGGGCUGGUGGAUCCUCUGAAAACACAGGUUGACACACCACAGAAAAUAUUAAAGAAGAUAUUGUUUGAAGUAGCUUGGAUGCACGGUGGUAACUUGAUCAAGUCCCCGGCACAAAGAGUUAGCAAGGAUGGACUCUGGAUACUAGAAGAGGAUGAUGUUGGUGCGAACCAUGUAUUGUCAGAGAGGAGGAGAAGGGAGAAACUGAAGGAAAAAUUUCAUAUCCUGAAGUCCCUAGUUGCUCCUGUGGGCAAGGUUGACAAAGCUUCUAUCCUUGGUGACACAAUAGAGUACCUGAAAGAGCUUGAAAGAAGGGUUGAAGAGUUGGAAUCAUGCAGGGAGUUGGCAGAGUAUGAAGCAAGAGCAAGAAGGAAGCACCCAGAUAUAGCAGAGAGGACAUCUGACAACUAUGGCCACACAGACAUUGCAAAUGACAGGAAAACUGCAAUUAACAAGAGGAAGGCUUCGGACAUUGAUGAGUCCGAGCUAGAGCUCGAUUGGGCUUCAUCAAAAGAUGGUUUGGCAGCCAAUCUCACCGUUGUCAUGAAUGAAAAAGAGGUUCUGAUCGAGAUGAGGUGUCCUUGGAGGGAGUGUUUGUUGCUUGAUAUUGUAGAUGCCAUAAGCAAUCUCAAUUUAGAUGCUCACACAGUUCAAUCUUCCACUCUUGAUGGCUUUCUCAUUCUGACCAUUAAAUCAAAGUUUAAGGGAGUGGCAGUUGCUUCUGCGGGGAUGAUCAAGCAAGCACUUCAGAGAGUCAUGGGCACAUGUUGAGCAUUGUGGCCUUUAGGAAGGCUAAAAUUGUUGAGGAAUACUUGUAGUGCUGUGCAGUCCAAGUUAAUUAAAUUUGCUUCUUGAAUAUUAUGUAAUAUGAGUUCAGUUGUGGGGGGUACUAUAACUCAGCUUGGACUGUCUCAAAACUCCUGCACUGGCAUUUUGAUUAUGAAUCCAGGCUACCCAUGUGACACAAGAAAGAAGAUCAAAGCUGAUUUGGUUGUUUGGGUUUUGCAUUUCGAUUUAACUUCUGUGAAAGUGCUGUACCAUCCAUUUCUUGCUGAUAAAAUACAUUUUGUAGAAUCU